AAAUCAUACAUUCAGACAUAGUUUUGCAUUUGAUUGACAGUUUGUUUGAUAACAUAACAUCUGUAUAGUAAGAGAACAUUUCCCAUUUAUUUGGUAACAUGAGACUAAGGUGACCAAGUUCUUAUUGAGGCUGUAGUUGGUAGAUGAACCAGGAAGCAGGUGGACAUUAUAUAUUUUCUGAAAAGACAUUUCUGCUAAAGAAAGGUUUGAGUUUGGUAUUUAAAAUCUUGAAGUAUUUCUUCAUUUAUAAUACUUGAGUUUGUUUGAAGUUUUUUGCCUAGUUAGUCCCCAAGUUUGGAGAAGGUGGAUUGUGUGAGAAUGAGUGUGUGUGGCAAUAGAGGAAUCCUUUUGCACCUCUUUGCUAGCAAGCAAAUACUUGGCUCCUUCUUUCCUGCAAGUCGCCCUUUCAAAUGUGUGCAGAAUUUUUUAAAAAACAUUUCUUUCUUUUGAGCAUUUAAUGAGUUAUCUUUGCACACGUGUGAAGCUGUGAUUUGCAAGUACAGAGGACUGGCUUCGUCCAGAUAAGGAGCCAAGCAGAGUUCCUGCUAGCAUAUGUUUCUCUUCAAGUUUGAUAGUUUAUGUCAUUAAAGGGUCGGUUUUUGGUUUCCUUAAAUUGUCUAUCCAUGUCACCUUAUCUCUUCUCCUGGUUAGCGGAGGACUGGACAGAAGGUUAAUGGCCCUAGAAGCUUCAUGGCUGAAGUAACAAGGAAAAUCGAUCAACCUGAAAAAGAAAAAGAAUUGACAAUAUCCUUUUCAAUCUUUUCUGCAGGCUGCAUUGAAACAUACGAGAACAUCUUUAUGGGAUCUGUGCAUUUUAAAGAUGUAGCUCUUGCACACAUUUUAUUGUAUGAGAACAAAUCGGCCACUGGUAGGCACCUGUGCGUUGAAGCUAUAUCACAUUAUGGUGACUUCGUGGCUAAGGUAGCUGAACUUUACCCCAAGUACAAGGUUCCGAGUUUGCCGAAGGAUACCCAACCCGGGUUGCUGAGGGAAAAAAAUGGCGCGAAGAAGCUAAUGAACUUGGGUUUAGAAUUCAUUCCCAUGGAUCAAAUCAUCAAGGAUGCUGUUGAGAGCCUAAAGAAUAAGGGAUUUAUUUCAUAAACGAAACUGAAGGAUAUGACACUUAAGAAGAACCUACUUAUUGUAGAUGUGGCGAGGACGUGCAGCCUAAAUGAUAUAGUUAAUGGAUUGUGUUUAAUACCAUGUACCAGCCAUACCUCCAUGCAAUCUGUAUGUGAAUAAAUAAGCAACAUUUGAAUGUUCAUAAUCUAUUCUGCUGUGAUAUUUGCUUAAAAUUAAAA